AUGAGUGAAAUAGAGGACGCCCAAAAUGAUUUCUACUGUAAGAAGCUGGAGAGUUCACACAUCAUCAGAGUGAAUUUGGAGUGUGUCACAUUCAUUAUGAGUGAAAUAGAGGAGGCCCAAAAUGAUUUCUACUGUAAGAAGCUGAAGAGUUCACACAUCAUCAGAGUGAAUUUGGAGUGUGUCACAUUCAUUAUGAGUGAAAUAGAGGACGCCCAAAAUGAUUUCUACUGUAAGAAGCUGGAGAGUUCACACAUCAUCAGAGUGAAUUUGGAGUGUGUCACAUUCAUUAUGAGUGAAAUAGAGGAGGCCCAAAAUGAUUUCUACUGUAAGAAGCUGAAGAGUUCACACAUCAUCAGAGUGAAUUUGGAGUGUGUCACAUUCAUUAUGAGUGAAAUAGAGGACGCCCAAAAUGAUUUCUACUGUAAGAAGCUGAAGAGUUCACACAUCAUCAGAGUGAAUUUGGAGUGUGUCACAUUCAUUAUGAGUGAAAUAGAGGACGCCCAAAAUGAUUUCUACUGUAAGAAGCUGAAGAGUUCACACAUCAUCAGAGUGAAUUUGGAGUGUGUCACAUUCAUUAUGAGUGAAAUAGAGGAGGCCCAAAAUGAUUUCUACUGUAAGAAGCUGGAGAGUUCACACAUCAUCAGAGUGAAUUUGGAGUGUGUCACAUUCAUUAUGAGUGAAAUAGAGGAGGGUUGUUAUUCUGUUGGUCUGUGUGACUCAGUGCCUCUGAAGAGCAUCUCAGUGGAGGUUCGUGUUCAGGAUCAUGUCUCCACAGUCUCCUCCACUCUGCUGUAUGUGAAUGAGGAAGAGCGCCCCCUGGAGGCCUUGUUCGUGUUCCCUCUGCCCGCUGAUGCUGCUGUCUGCCACUUCAGUGCCAAGAUCGGAGAGCAGGAGAUUGUGGCAGAGGUGCAAGAAAGAGAAACCGCGAGGGAUCGGUAUGAUGACGCUUUGAGUUCGGGUCAGCAGGCGUUUCUGCUGGAAGAGAGUGCAGAGAGUCCUGAUGUGUUCAAACUGAGUGUCGGGUGUCUGUCGCCGGGUCAGAACGCUGCCGUCACCAUCAUCUACGUCACCGAGCUCGAUGUGCAGGCCGACCACUCGCUGCGCUUCUGUCUGCCGGCUGUACUCAACCCCCGAUACACACCAGCAGUGCCUCUGAAGAGCAUCUCAGUGGAGGUCCGUGUUCAGGAUCAUGUCUCCACAGUCUCCUCCACUCUGCUGUAUGUGAAUGAGGAAGAGCGCCCCCUGGAGGCCUUGUUCGUGUUCCCUCUGCCCGCUGAUGCUGCUGUCUGCCACUUCAGUGCCAAGAUCGGAGAGCAGGAGAUUGUGGCAGAGGUGCAAGAAAGAGAAACCGCGAGGGAUCGGUAUGAUGACGCUUUGAGUUCGGGUCAGCAGGCGUUUCUGCUGGAAGAGAGCGCAGAGAGUCCUGAUGUGUUCGGACUGAGUGUCGGGUGUCUGUCGCCGGGUCAGAACGCUGCCGUCACCAUCAUCUACGUCACCGAGCUCGAUGUGCAGGCCGACCACUCGCUGCGCUUCUGUCUGCCGGCUGUACUCAACCCCCGAUACACACCAGCAGUGCCUCUGAAGAGCAUCUCAGUGGAGGUCCGUGUUCAGGAUCAUGUCUCCACAGUCUCCUCCACUCUGCUGUAUGUGAAUGAGGAAGAGCGCCCCCUGGAGGCCUUGUUCGUGUUCCCUCUGCCCGCUGAUGCUGCUGUCUGCCACUUCAGUGCCAAGAUCGGAGAGCAGGAGAUUGUGGCAGAGGUGCAAGAAAGAGAAACCGCGAGGGAUCGGUAUGAUGACGCUUUGAGUUCGGGUCAGCAGGCGUUUCUGCUGGAAGAGAGCGCAGAGAGUCCUGAUGUGUUCAGACUGAGUGUCGGGUGUCUGUCGCCGGGUCAGAACGCUGCCGUCACCAUCAUCUACGUCACCGAGCUCGAUGUGCAGGCCGACCACUCGCUGCGCUUCUGUCUGCCGGCUGUACUCAACCCCCGAUACACACCAGCAGGUGCAGCAGCUGCUGACACACACUUUAUUAGCGGAGACAAGCUGAUUCUAACACACUCUCUCUCUCUCUCUAUUUCAUCAGUAUGUGGAGCUGUUCCCUACACGCUGACACUCAGUGUCCAUGUGAGCUCUCCAAAGCCCAUCUCCAAACUAGAGUCCAACUGCACUCUGGAUCCUCUAGUGUUCCUCCACUCCGAUCACACUCAGGCUACGGUGAAUCUGAGUCCUGGUCACAUGUUUGAUAAGGACGUUGAGCUGUUUCUGUACUAUCAGGAGACCCAUCAGCCCUCUGCUAUAGUGGAGGCAGGAGUGGCCACUGCCCCAUCAGGCUCUCUGAUGAGGGACCCAGUGAUCAUGAUAAGUUUGUACCCAGAAUUCCCAGAGGAAGUGAUGUCAUCACUGGCAACACAAGGAGAGUUUGUUUUCGUGAUGGACAGAUCAGGCAGUAUGUGUGAUGUGAUGCAUCAUGGGACAGGAGCACAGAGGCGCAUAGAAAGCGCAAAGGACACUCUGCUGUUACUGUUGAAGAGUCUGCCCAUGGGAUGCUACUUCAAUAUCUAUGGAUUUGGCUCUCGUUUUGAGUCUUUCUUCCCUCAGAGUGUCGUGUACAAUCAGGACACAAUGGAUCAGGCUAUGAAGAGUGUGAAGAGAAUUAAAACAGACCUGGGCGGCACAGAGAUUUUACAGCCUCUAAAACACAUCUACAGUCAGCCCUGUAACCCUGACCAUCCCAGACAGCUGUUCAUCUUCACUGAUGGAGAAGUGGGAAACACUAAAGAGGUGCUGGACCUGGUGAAACAUCAUGUUCACUCUCACAGGUGUUUCUCAUUCGGGAUUGGUGAGGGUGCAAGUAGCGCCCUCAUCACAGGAAUGGCCAGGGAAGGAUCUGGUCACGCUCAGUUCAUCACAGGCACCGACCGCAUGCAGCCCAAAGUGAUGCAGUCCCUCGGGUUUGCGCUGCAGCCGCCUGUGUUUAAUAUCUCUGUGGAUUGGACCCUUCCAGAUGGCAUUACUGUUGACACACUGUCUCAACCCAUCAAAGUGCUCUUCCAGGGUCAAAGGGCACUCAUUUACGCCCAACUUAAAGGAGAGAGUUCAGGAGGUUUCGAGGGAAAAGUGACAGUCAAAUACAGGCUUGAAGAUCAACCAGUAACAAACCAGCUCCACUUUUGCCUCAAACCAACUGAGGAAACUGGGUUGUCCGUCCACCGGCUGGCGGCUCGCACCCGGAUCCGUUCUCUGGAGCAGGAGGAAAGGUCACGUGGUGCAAAUGUUGAGGGCAUCAGGAGAAAGAUAGUGGAGCUCAGUGUUCAGGCAGGAGUGAGCAGUGUUCAUACAGCCUUCAUUGCCGUUAAUAAAGACAGCAGACAGACUGUGAAAGGACCCCUGCUUCGGAGAAGAGUGCAGACACACAGUCACGGUAUGUCAGAACUGUAUCUGGAUGUACCCUGUACAUAUAACUUCAUCAGGCUGCAUGUGAAGGGCCUGAAUUUUAGAGCCUUCCCUUUAAGCCGGAAUUUUGGAGCCUUGCCUUCUGGAGCCUUGGCUUAUGCCCAGCAGCAGCCACAGUCAUGUAUCCAGCUCUAUUCACCACUUUCUAUGAGGUGUUCACUUUCGUCUGAACGUGUUGGCAUAGCAGAUUCCCAGCAGCAAAUACUGUCAAAGAUGCUGAAGACUGGCAGUUGUGUUUCACCAGUUUCUGGAUUGCACCUGGAUCUUAUUUUCUCUCUCUUUCUCUAUAUGUGUUCAACUGCAGACCCGUUACUCCAGCUGGUUUCUCUCCAAAAGGCGUCAGGCUGCUGGGAUCUGGACGUCACACUGGCUGAUGCAUUUGGGAAGACGGAGGAGGAGCUGACCAAUCAGAAACCAGCUCAGGUGGAGGGGUCAGUAUGGGCCACUCUCCUGGCUCUGAUCUGGUUAUACGGCUGUAAAAUAGACCAGCGGGUCGAGUGGCAGUUUGUGGCCAUGAAGGCGGCGUCGUGGAUCGGCUCUCAGAAAGUGGGCGAUCUGUCUGAGUGUGUGUGUGUGGGUAAUGUCCUGCUCGGAUGUCAGGUGACCAAAGAGACUCUGGGAAUCUGAAGACGUCAGUGUUUCUACUUCCUGUGCCGUCAGAAGACGAAAGAACUGUUACAAUUUCAUUUACUGUUACUGUAUAUGUUAGUGUUUCAUUAGAAUUUAGUUCUUUAUUAGCUUAAAUCAACAGCAUAUUUUAUGUAAAAUAUUUUAAAACUCUCAUGAUAAUGUUUUUGCUGUUUUGAAAUUGAAAAUAUUUUUAAUCAGAUUCAUUGGAUGAGUCCUCAAUCACUGAGUAUAUACAAAGCAACAGAAUCGUGUUUAGGUACUAAAAUGAUUAUGUUCACACAAACAUGUUAAUGUUGAAUUAUGGCAGCAAAGACUACUAUUAAAGUAAUAAAAUAUCUUAAUAA